AUGGCGAGUCUUCUAAUGACCCCAUUACUUCCGGUCAUGGCUUCAGUUGAGAACCCAGGUCUUCUUCCUAGCCCUCCAAUGGGAUUCAAUAACUGGGCCCGAUUCGAAUGCGAUCUUAAUGAGACGCUCUUCACGGAGACUGCGGAUUCCAUGCUCAACCGCGGCUUGCUUGAUGCAGGCUACAAUCGUCUCAACCUUGACGACUGCUGGAUGCAAACCUCUCGUGCGGCCAAUGGCUCAUUGCAGUGGAACUCAACCCUCUUCCCCAAUGGUAUUCCUUGGCUGGCGAACUAUGUCCAGGAACGCGGUUUCCACUUGGGCAUCUAUGAAGACGCAGGCAAUGCGACCUGUGGUGGUUACCCCGGCUCUUUCCAACACGAGGAGCAAGACGCUGAGACUUUUGCUAACUGGGGCAUUGACUACCUCAAGCUGGAUGGUUGCAACGUCUACGCCGAGGAUGGACGACCUCUACGAGAUGAAUACCACUCCCUAUACAGCAAGUGGCAUACGAUCCUCAACGAGAUGUCACAGCCCUUGAUCUUCUCCGAAUCUGCACCAGCAUACUUCUGCACCAAUGAGACCGAUUGGAUGAGAGUCAUGGACUGGAUCCCGUUUAAUGGGGAUCUGGCUCGCCAUUCGGACGAUAUCCUUGUUUACUCGGGCGAAGGCAGUGCGUGGGAAAGCAUCAUGGCGAACUACGAAUUUCAGAUUCAGCUUGUACGCUACCAGCAGCCGGGCUACUACAACGAUCCCGACUUCCUGAUCCCCGAUCACCCGGGUCUGACUGAGGACGAGAAGAAAUCACAUUUCGCGCUGUGGGCUUCAUUCGGGGCACCGCUCAUUAUCAGUGCUUAUAUCCCCGAUCUUCCGGAGGAGGUCAUCACCUUCCUCAAGAACAAGGAUCUCAUCACCGUCGAUCAGGAUCCACUGGCCGAGCAGGCUGCUUUGGUUACACGUAACGCCGAUUUCGAUGUUCUAACCCGCUCACUGGCAAACGGAGAUAGACUUCUCACUGUGCUGAACCGUGGAAAUAAGACCGCGAAGAUCACAAUCCCGGUAGCGCAGCUCGGUCUGGAUUCCGGCUGCCAGUACCGUGCCCGUGAUCUGUGGACUGGUGCCGUUGAAACGUUCAAACAUUCCGUGGAGAUUACUCUUGAUUCCCACGCCACUAUUGUCUACCGCAUCACACCCCCGCGCGGAUGCACAAAGACUACCCCAACUGGUAUGAUCUUCAACACAGCCUCUGGGAAGUGUUUGACCGCUUCAAGCACUGUCACGUUCAAGGCAUGUGAUGCGAUCGAUUCCCAAGUCUGGUCUGUCUCUGGAUCUGGCAGUCAGCUCACUCUGAGCCCAUUGUCGGAUAAUUCUAAGUGUCUUGCCGCCAAGGACGGGUCUAUCUCACUUGUAGAAUGUGGAACUGGCUCUGGGACCAUCUGGUCUCAUUUCCUUACGGGUCACUUGAAGAGCGAUGAUGGUUGCUUGACUGAUUCUUCGGGGGCUAGUCUGGGUAGCUGUGAUCAGAGUGUGGCUGGACAAAUUAUGGGGUUGCCUAGUGGUGUUCAGCUGGCUGCUGGGAUUGCUUAG